AUGGGCUGCGCGCCCAGCAUCCACGUCUCGCAGAGCGGCGUGAUCUACUGCCGGGACUCGGACGAGUCCACCUCCCCGCACCAGACCGCCGCCCUCUCGCAGGGCACCGCCGCCACCCUGCACGGCCUCUUCGUCAAGACCGACGCGGCCGACUCCAUCCCCUCGGUGCUCGCCUACCAGAGCCGCCAGCCGCCGCCCUGCCCGGGCCCGCGCCCGCGCCGCCAGGAGCGCAGGGAGCCCGCGGCCGCCGGCCGGGCCGGGGCGCGCCGCUGCUGCAGCAGCACCGAGGCGGAGACCCAGACCAGCCACGCCAGUGUCAAGCAGGCUUCAACUACAGAAGUACAAAUUGGGCCCAUGAGAUUGACACAAGAUCCUGUUCAGGUUUUGCUGAUCUUUGCUAAAGAAGACAACCAAAGUGAUGGGUUCUGGUGGGCUUGUGAUAGAGCUGGAUACAGGUGCAAUUUUGCCAGAACACCAGAGUCAGCGCUUGAAUGUUUUCUUGAUAAGCACCAUGAAAUAAUUGUCAUAGAUCACAGGCACGCCAGAUACUUUGAUGCAGAAGCAAUCUGCAGGUCAAUUCGUGCUACAAAGCCAUCAGAACACACUGUGAUACUUGCUGUUGUUCCCCGAAUAUCUGCUGACCAAGAAGAGACUUCUGUUCUUCCCCUUCUCCAUGCAGGCUUUGAUAGGAGAUUUAUGGAGAAUAGCAGCAUAAUUGCUUGUUACAAUGAAUUGAUUCAAACAGAACAUGGGGAGGUGCGGUCACAGUUCAAACUACGCGCUUGUAAUUCGGUGUUUACAGCACUAGACCAUUGUCAUGAAGCUAUAGAAAUAACCAGUGAAGAUCAUGUUAUUCAGUAUGUUAACCCAGCCUUUGAACGGAUGAUGGGCUAUCACAAGGGAGAGCUUAUGGGAAAGGAGCUUACUGAGCUACCAAAAAGUGAUAAAAACCGUGCAGACCUUUUAGACACUAUCAAUAUGUGUAUCAAAAAAGGAAAGGAAUGGCAAGGGGUUUACUAUGCAAGAAGAAAAUCAGGAGACAGUAUCCAACAACAUGUGAGGAUAACACCUGUGAUUGGUCAGGGAGGGAAAAUUAGACAUUUUGUGUCCAUCAAGAAGCUGUGUUGUACCAAUGAAAACAAUAAACAGCUCUACAAGAUUCAUCGUGAUGAGAAGUAUGCAGGAGACAAUUCACAGGCAGAAUCCCACUCCUUCAGAUGCAAGAACAGGAGGAAAGAAUCAAUUGAUGUCAAAUCAAUAACAUCUCGAAGCAGCGAUGCACCAAGCUUACAGAAUCGUCGGUAUUCAUCGAUGGCAAGAAUCCACUCAAUGACAAUAGAAGCACCCAUCACAAAGGUUAUUAACAUUAUCAAUACUGCCCAGGAGAACAGCCCCGUCACGGUAGCAGAGGCUUUGGACAGAGUUUUGGAAAUCUUAAGGACAACAGAACUUUACUCCCCUCAGCUAGGUACCAAAGAUGAAGAUCCUCAUACAAGCGAUCUUGUUGGAGGUCUGAUGACUGAUGGCUUGAGAAGACUGUCAGGAAAUGAGUAUAUAUUUUCUAAGAACAUGAACCAAAGCCAUAGUCACCUUUCAGUGCCAAUUACUGUCAACGAUGUACCACCUUGUAUCGCACAGUUACUUGAUAAUGAAGAAAGCUGGGACUUUAAUAUUUUUGAACUGGAGGCUGUUACAAAUAAAAGGCCAUUAGUUUAUUUGGGUUUAAAAGUUUUUGCCCGGUUUGGGGUCUGUGAAUUUUUAAAUUGUUCAGAAGCAACACUACGAGCCUGGUUCCAGGUGAUUGAAGCCAACUACCACUCCACCAACUCAUACCACAACUCCACACAUGCAGCAGACGUUUUGCAUGCUACUGCAUUCUUUCUCGGAAAGGAGAGAGUUAAGGGAAACCUUGACCAUUUAGAUGAGGUGGCUGCGUUAAUAGCUGCCACAGUUCAUGACGUGGAUCACCCAGGACGGACCAACUCUUUCCUGUGCAAUGCAGGAAGUGAAUUAGCUGUACUUUAUAAUGACACUGCUGUAUUGGAAAGUCACCAUACAGCACUGGCGUUCCAGCUCACAGCUAAAGACAACAAAUGCAACAUUUUCAAGAAUAUUGAUAGGAACCAUUAUCGGACAUUGCGCCAGGCUAUUAUUGACAUGGUUUUGGCAACAGAGAUGACAAAGCACUUUGAGCAUGUGAACAAGUUUGUCAACAGCAUCAACAAGCCUAUGGCAUCUGAGGAAACCAACUCAAAUAGUGAGGGCAGUGACUGUGAAUGUGCACCCAACGUAAAGAAUUUUCCAGAAAAACAGACGCUGAUCAAGCGCAUGAUGAUAAAAUGUGCAGAUGUAGCAAAUCCUUGUCGCCCUUUAGAACUGUGUAUUGAAUGGGCUGGGAGGAUUUCAGAGGAAUAUUUUGCACAGUGCCUUUAUGCCUUCUCCAGACAUUUCCUGCAGUUUCCUAAAAAUGAAAUACUCUUCAAUUCCUCCUCCAAAGAACUGUGGACUAUUAAAAAGCUAUUGGGUUCCACUCCACUAGUGGCAACAUUUCAGCGGUGA